AUAUAAAUUGUUUUGUUAAGCACAACACAAGCCACAACCGUGGUUGGAACUUGGAAGAAAGUUGAACUUUGUAAUGGACUAUUCGAAUUAAUAUUUAACAAACCCGGAGAACUCUCAAACGCCCGCCCCUGACGCCACAGCUGAUUUGCCUGUGAACUUUUUGAGUGGGUAAUAUGUCAAUAAUAAUUAACAGCUUUAGUUUUCGGUAAACGUCAAUGUCCAAUCUGUACGUGUUGUACACGGCUGCAUUGUGAGAAUUUUCUUGAGCUUCGUUUGACCAAUAUGCCCAAGAAUCCAUUUGUGACAUCCAAAUCACGCAAGAAGAAGAAAUCGAGAAAAAAUGUUCACAACCCAGAAGCCUUGGAUGAAGCCCAAAAGCCUAAAACGCUGUGCCCACGCAGCAUGGUCAGGUACGCCAACGUGAGCGGCUACGAAGCUAUAUGGACGUGUAAAAUUUGUUUGACAACGUUGCUAAGUGAAAACGCAGUCCAACAGCAUUUACUGAAAUGUAAAAAAACAUUCGAAGUAUUGGAGUCCGAGACGGUCGAAAAGAACUCCCAGGUUACUAACAACGUUAGCGAGUAUGAUGCCCGUCAAUAUAUAUGCCGAUAUUGCGAUCAGGUAUUUUCACGUAUGGUCACAUUGAACAAACAUGAAGAACAGCACGAGUUGUCCAACAGUAGUCCGGAAUACGAAUCGGACAUUGAUAAUAAAGUGGUGUGGAGAAUAAAACCCAACCGUGUGGCUACUAAACAGCCGAAAAUUACCGACGCCGCAACCGAUAACAGUAGUUCUUCAGUGUAAACUGAUGAAUAUAUAUAUAUAUAUAUAUAUAUAUAUAUAUAUAUUUGCUUGUAUUGUUCUUGUAUGUAUCCUAUCUAUAAAAUGUCAUUCAUUUUUGUAUUAAUUAUUUAAAUUUAUAUACUCAACUUGCGUGCAUGAAAAGUAUUUAACCUUAAUUAUAAGUCUUAAUAUAUAUAUAUAUA